CCGGGCGCACGCCGCGGUCGCAAGCUGCUGACGUGGGCCGGCCGGGAAGUGGACCGGGGGUGUGGGUCGCUAUGGCGGUGGAUAUCACGCUGCUGUUCCGGGCCAGCGUCAAGACCGUGAAGACGCGCAACAAAGCUCUGGGAGUGGCAGUGGGCGGCGGCGUCGAUGGCAGCCGCGACGAGCUCUUUCGCCGGAGCCCCCGGCCCAAGGGCGACUUCUCCAGCCGGGCGCGGGAAGUGAUUUCACACAUUGGCAAACUGAGAGAUUUUCUUUUGGAACACAGGAAAGAUUAUAUUAAUGCUUAUAGCCAUGUCAUGUCUGAAUAUGGAAGGAUGACAGACACAGAGCGAGACCAGAUAGACCAGGACGCGCAGACGUUCAUGAGGACCUGCUCUGAAGCAAUUCAGCAGCUGAGAACUCAAGCGCACAAGGAGAUGCCCUCCCAGCAAGUGAAGGAGCACAGGAGCGUGGUUCUGGAUUUCAUCGAAGAUUACUUAAAAAGAGUAUGUAAACUUUACUCAGAACAGAGAGCCAUCCGAGUUAAACGAGUGGUGGAUAAGAAGAGACUAUCUAAGCUGGAACCAGAACCAAAUACAAAGACGAGAGAAUCCAUGUCUUCUGAGAAAGUUUCACAGAAUCCUUCACAAGACUCUGAAGAAAAACCUGUCACUGAAGAAUAUCCAGAGAAGGUUCCGGCUGAAUCACAACCUGAACUGGGCACCUGGGGAGAUGGCAAAGGUGACGAUGAAUUAUCCCCAGAAGAAAUACAAAUGUUUGAACAAGAAAACCAGCGCCUAAUCGGUGAAAUGAACAGCCUAUUUGAUGAAGUGAGGCAAAUCGAAGGGAGAGUGGUUGAAAUUUCCAGACUCCAAGAGAUAUUCACAGAGAAGGUUUUACAACAGGAAGCCGAGAUCGACAGCAUUCACCAGUUAGUUGUCGGAGCAACCGAGAAUAUCAAGGAGGGUAAUGAAGACAUCAGAGAGGCCAUUAAAAACAACGCCGGCUUCCGCGUGUGGGUCCUCUUCUUCCUGGUGAUGUGCUCCUUCUCCCUGCUCUUCCUGGACUGGUACGACGGCUAGCCUGCCCUCGCUGCUCCUGGCCGAUGGCGCGCCGUCGGGGGUCUCCGCAGCGGAGCCGGGCUGCGAGUGGAUGGUAUCAUCAGCCGUUUGGGGGGGAGGGGGCUGGGACAGACGGACACUCUCACGAAGGGACACCCAGACCUGUGGUUUUAAGCCCAUUUGGUAGCUGAGAAAGAAAAUAACGAACACAAACGGAAAGGGGCCUGUGUAGCGAUCCUGACACAAGGUGGGUGAGGUGGGGGUGGGGGGGGUUCCCGGCUGCACCUGCACCGGAGACCAUGUGGAGGGGCUGCCCGGAGGCCGGGCUCAGGGAGGCUCCCGCUUUGCCCUUCUGGUGGCUUCGGGAAAAGUGCUGGCUAGUAACUUCACAACAAUGAUCAUUUCUUUGUUUCCUGUGGCGUCUUGUCUGCCUGAGCCCUGUGAUAGUCACCAUAUUCUAGAAAACGCACCUUUGCCCUGUUAAUCUCAUAAAUGCAACUAGAGCUCCUUCGUGUCCUGUCGGCGGGUCCGAGCAUAGACGUGCAGCGGACACCUGCCUGCCGGGUAGGGAAGAAGUGUGGGGACAGACUCUGGGUACUUGGCAAGGGGCCCCUGGGGCCCGAGGAGCUUUUGUCCAGAGCAGGAACCUGGCCUGCGGUUCCUGGACCUGUGCGCCUGACCGUCGAGGAAACAAAUAGGAACGCCUGUUUGCAGUGGGAAGCCCAAGACUUCUGGAGCCACGUCUGUGCAGAAAGCACGUGGGUGUUCGCGGGCCCGCACCCCCGUGUGCAUGCGGAUGGCUCCCCCGUGUGCGGUAUGAGUCUGUCCUGCAGCCGCGGGGAUCCUUGUGUGCCCAGUGAAAGUGUCAGAAGUUAACCUGCGAGUGAAUUUACAUCAAUAAAAUGUCUACUAGAUGCCCAGAGGGGUGUGUUGCCUUAGUGGGGCAUGUCCGUGGGCCUGGCCGCGCUCACAGAUGUACGGUCCCUGCUCGCCGUGCGUCCUUGCGGCCUUCACUGCACACAGC